CCUGCAUUUAUUCACCUGUAGCGGGGAGUUAGCCGGCUUUAGGACCCAGGGUCCGCGAUUUUCCUCUCCAGCUGCUGCGGUCUGAAAACUGGCGAAGAGGGAAGAUCGAGAGGAGAAACCCAAAUUUCACACCGGAUUAAAUACACUUGAAAACCACACUCUUGCCUGUGCCGAAAGUCACAACUUCGAAUUCCCCAUCUUGUAUUGGUGAUUCAAGCUCACUUGGAAAUCCAAAGGGAAUCCAUUUGGGGCGUAAGACCAGAGACAGAUACGGUACGGACUGUCUUGACGAAACCCCCCUGGACUUUCAGAACCGAAAACCGACGAGAUUAGUGGACUGCAACGGCUGAGAUCCAGAAACGCGAAAUUCUCACAUCUCCUGAUAUAUGCUUAUCAUCUGUACGCAGGACGAGUGGUGCCUGGCUCUAUACGCAGAGGACCUUUCACUUCAGUUUGCACUUGAAGUCUCACCACCCUUGAGGAAUGCAGUGUUAAAAGAACGCAUAUGCAGGUGGAUCCCUCUCCAAUGAAUAUAGGGGAUGGAGGUACAGUGAGCCGAGAGAGCGGAGCUCCAGCCAGGGCAUCCGGGACCAUGGUGGGCAACCCCCCGCAGACACUUCCCCCCGAGCUCCGAGGAGACGUACCGCACAGCCAGCAGGGAAAGCUGAGGACCGCCCCCGACUGCAAGACACCGGACGCGUGUUCGGAGGCCACUCACUCCAACUACUGCUCUGACGCCCUUCCCCCGUCCCAGAAGGGUCAUCAUACUCCAGUUCCGGGCCCCCCGGCCAUGAAUUCCACUUUACACGAGAGAGCGGAGUGCCACAAGGCCAAGGCCGACGGCAGCGCCGGGGUCUACCCUGCUCACCCGUGGACUGGCGGGAAAAAGGCUGGCGUGGAGGGCCCUGUGAAUGCAAGUCAUGGGGCAAUGGGCAUGAAUAAGAAGAACUGUGCUCCAGGCCCCUCGGUCAUUAGCCUCCCCCCUGGCUUCCAGUGUUCCACGCUGUUCCUUUCCUCCACCAACUUCCCCUCUCCACUCUGUAAGAUCACCCUGCCUCCGGGCACCGGGCAGAUCGCUGCACUGAGAAAGGCCACGGCCAGCCAGUUCCAGAAGGUACCCGAGGGUGCCCAGCAAACCCCACCGAACGCCCAGAGCCCGGGCGUGGCCCCUCUGCUGCACACGUACCCAUACCACUUCCAAGCAGGGCGAGGCCCCGCUUCCGAAAAGAGACCCCCCUCGACAAAGCUCCGAUGCGACGCGUCCAGCAGCAAAAACUCUAAGCUGGGGAUAGAGCAAAAGACUCCCGCUGCUUCUGCAGUGUCCCCCAGCAUCACCGUCCCAAUUCAGCCCCAACCGCCCUCUCCCGCACCCCCAACGCGCUUCACUAUCUCCCCCUCGGCUGCCAUCUGUUGCAGCCCUGCACUGGCCAAUGUUACCACUCCUAAGUUACUGAACCUCAUGGACAAAGGUCCACCUUACCGCAGUGCUGAUAAGACACCAUUAGCGUAUUUGAAACUGAAGUCUCCAUCCGCCACAGAGGAGCACUCUGUUGGAUGCUCUAUCGAGGAGAGGGAUGUACCUCUGGAUCUGUCCUCCAAGUCCAAACGACAGAAGAGCAACACCAGUGAACUCCAGAGCAACCCCACGCCUGCCACAGAGCAUCGCCCAACUGAGGGUAAUCAAAAGAAUGUCCCAAAUACUCUGAAAAGGACCCAGGCCACUGGUUUUGCUUCAGCUCCAUAUUCCAUUUUGCCGGACACCCAGAGAAAUGGCUCUAAUCCAAAGCCCCCUUCAUCCAAGCUGUUCAACCAUCAAACACUUGAGCCAGCAACAUCCUGGUCCAAACAUUCAACCAUCAGCACCAUCCCCGGGACCUAUGUUGGUGUUGCUAGUCCAAUUCUAGCUUCAACUCUACGCAGCAAAGACGGUAAAGGGGCAGCUUUUGUGGAAGACCUCCAAAGUUUCGCUAAGCAGGAGACCAUCUCCAUUGUGGACCAAGGGGAGCAGCUUUCCUCUCUUGGGAAGGAGCCGCCAUUUGCGGCGAAAAGCUCCCAGCACAGCAAAAGCGUCAAACUCCCAAACAGCACUAGCUCUGUUGGAGCACAGGCGUAUCCCUCCAAGGACACUCUCCCCACGGGCCUGCCACCUCCGGCCAACUCGCACCUCCAUCGGAAGGGUGCCAGCGGCAAGGCCCCAAUCUCGUACCCUCCCGCUGGCAUCAAGCCGCUGUGGGAAAAACCUGCUGUGCUCCCUCAGGGGACAUCGGUCCAGCGAAAGGCCGUCCAGGGAAGUCCCAAAACCAAGGCGGCAGCUAGCUGCGAGGGAACAGUGUUCCACCCUCCUCCCAAGCUGGAAGAUGAGAAGUGGGGGAUAAAUAACAAGUCUCCUCUGUCGAACUUGGAGUCCAUAGUCAAGCAAAAGGCCCUGGAGACCACAGCUCUCACUGGUGAGACGUACUGUGGACUGUCCUCUGUUGGGUCCCGGAGACCAGAGAUAACAAGCCCUCUCACGGGGUGCCAGAACUCUCCGCUGCAGCCGCCAGCCCCUGUUGGAAUCCCACCUUUCCGAUCAGUGGAGAGGAGGGACUCAAAGCCGGAGAGAACCUCCUUUACAGGGGAGCCCAUGCAAACCAGCAAACGCCCAGAGAAACUGCUCGCUGCAGGGCAGAGAGAGAAUAGUAUGGACAGGCGUGGGAAGUCGGAGGAGAGCAAGGCGAGCAAGGAAAGCGAAGCACCCAGCAAAAAUUCCUGGUCGAACCAAUUGUCCAGUGGUGACAGUCAGGGCAGCAGGGAGGAGACGGAGAAAGAUGUAACUGAGAAAAGAGCAGCGGAGAUUGAGAAAGAGGAGAAGUCAGCAGCCCAGAAGGAGCCCUCAUCACAAAUAAAGGUCGAGGGCAUCGCACUGUCCAUGCUUCAGGGUCAAACUGCCGUGGAGACAAAGGUGGAGAGGAGAACUAACGGCACCAAAGAAGCCUCCGCUUUCAGUGACCGAGGCACCGCGGACAAACAGAAGGCCAGUCCGAAAAAGGCAGGGAAGGAGAAAGCAACACUAGAGAGGCCGAAGAAAACCCCUCCUAAGAGACCACUGGACAAGCACAGCCCUAAUGCGAAGCAAGGGAGUCUCCUCAAGAAGAGAAAGGUGUCGCCCGCAGCACCAGACCAGGGCCUUGAGAAGGAGGCGUCCGCCCCACAGCCAAAGGAGGGGACGAAGCGGCGUAAGGGGAAGAUUGCUGACCCUACCUUGGCACCAGAGACCCCCGGACCAGCUUCCAGCAAAGCAGAUGCUGAGAGCACCCCUGCUACCGGUUCCAGGGGCCCCACAGAUAAUCAGGCAUCCCACAACAGCCCCAGCCGGCCAGGCAAGGAGACGCCCGCCUCCCUUGACACCCCCAGCUCCAGGCCGAGGAGGGGCAGACGCCGCUCGGAGGAGAUGCUACAAAGCGACUGGGGCUUUGCCGCCACGUCUCCUCCCCCUCCUCCUCCUCCUCCUCCUCAUCCACCACCCGCAGAACCCCCCAGCGGCACACCUCCGCCCCCGGCUAGCACUCCUGCGGUCCCCGUGCGCAGACCCCGGGGCAGGCCGCGGCUCAACCCCCUGCCGGAGGACGCCGAGCUGGGGAAGGCCAGGCCGACACCGUCCGCCGAGGCAGAGACACCCGCCAUGAAGAAAAGACGGAGAUGCAGAAAUAGGAAGUACCAGAAUGGGGAGUACAUCACGGACAAGCACAAGGCCGUGGAUGGUGAGAGGGAAGAGCGGUACACCUCAACCAGGCAGAGCGCUCGAAUGGGAACAGAUGCGAGGACUGGCAUGUACCCGCGCCUCAGCGCCACGCUGACCCGCCGAUCGCCGAGCCCGGACCUCAGUCCCCGGAGACCUUUGUUCACACGCUCCGGUUCCAUCCGGCGCCAGGACGGCCAAAGCCCCGUGGACUCCACGGACAAGCCGGCGGGGAAGAGGAAGUUCAAGAGCAAGCAUUUAAUCACGGACUCCGAAGACCAGAAGAAGCUGAAGACCAAACGCGGAAGCUUGGGCAAGGACGAGGAGAGCCCUGUGGCUAAGAAGCCGGGGGGCACUUUGGCCUCUCCCAAGGGGCUGCCCUCGCCGGUGCCCGUCAGGAAAGGCCCCUCGGGGAGGGGAGGAGUGGCUCCUGAGUCGCCCCCAGGUCGCCCCGUUCCCCCCGAGGUCCGACGGCUGAUUGUCAAUAAAAACGCUGGGGAGACUUUGCUUCAAAGGGCUGCCCGCCUAGGGUACCAGGAUGUGGUUCUUUACUGCCUGGAGAAAGACGCACAAGAGGUCAAUCGCCGCGACAACGCCGGGUACACAGCACUCCAUGAGGCGUGCGCCCGUGGCUGGACACACAUAGUGCAGCUGCUCCUGGAGCACGGGGCCGACGUCAACUGCAGCGCGCAGGACGGCACACGGCCGAUUCAUGAUGCGGUGGCGGCCGAUAACCUCCCUGCUGCGUGGAUUCUGCUUCACCACGGGGCUGACCCCACUCUGGCCACCUACUCUGGACAGACUGUGGUCAAGCUGGCCCAGAGCCCAACAAUGAAGAGCUUUCUCAAAGAGUAUUUCACUGACUUGGAGGGACGCACUGACCAGGACCCCAGCCUUCCGUGGGAGUUCUACAGCAGCGCGGUGUUCGAAACGGACGAGGACCCGUGCUGGGACUUUCUAUUGUCCGGGCCUGAUGAGGACGACGGUGGGUCGGAGUCCGGCCAAGACAAGGAUUCGGAUGCCGACUGCUUGUUGUUUGAGUUCUCCUCCGAGCCACUCUUGCCCUGUUACCACGUUCAAGUAGCAUUGACACAAGGGUUCUGCAACUGGUUCCUGUUGUCUGACGUCCUGAAACGGCUAAAGAUGUCGGCUCGGAUCUUCCGGGCGCGCUAUCCGCACUUGGAGGUGGCGAGCAUCCCCAAGGUGGAGCUGAAGAAGCAGGUGUCCAUCAGCCAGACCAACUCACCGCCCACGGAGCUGCAUGCGGACGAGGAAGACGAGGAGAAGGAGGAGGAGCAGGAGGAGGAAGAGGAGGAAGGAGAUGAGACAGGCGUGCUGGUGGAUCUUGUGCGCUGCGUGCCUGAGCUACAGGGACUGUUAGGCUCCUCCAUCCAGCUCCUCCGAGCAGAUGACGAGGACGAUGAGGAGGAGGAAGAGGAGGAGAAGAAGAAGAAGACGAAGAAAAAGGAGAGGGAGAGAUCCGAGGAAGAGCGUGAUAGGAGGAAGAGGAGGAGUGAUGGCAACAGACUAUGUAGCCGGUAGCUGUACCUCUCACCCCCCCACUCCCCCCCCCGCCCCAGCUGAACCCAAACCUGAACGGAAUCUAAACCUUUAACCCAAACCCUGCCAGAGCUCGACCUCACUCCCCAGGCUUCUCCAGAGAGCACUAGAUCAAAAUGAACCUGUGACAGAAGUGCCGUCCGUUAUUGUGACCUUGGGAAAAGACGAGUUUAUCCCAUGUCGGGUCAGGGUGUGUGUGUGUGUGUGUGUGUGUGUGUGUGUGUGUGUGUAGGGAGGGGGUGGGUGGGUUAUACUAUGGCAACCAGUUUCCUGUUAACCAGUACCAGCACUUUCUACGUUUCAGCUUCUCCAGAGGAGACCUUGUUUGUUUUUGGUUUGUUUUGUUUUUUCACAGGCUCGCUGUUGACCUUUGACCUCUGUAUUGUAAAACGCAGAGGUCACUGGCCAGUGAUGUCACUUCUUACGGUAAUGCCACUGAGGGACUGAUGAUGGGGGAGGAAUGGGUAGUGUUGGGGAGCAACUUUCAGGUUACCUCCUGUGGGUGAUUUUUCAUGCCCUGACAAUUGAAACACCAACUCGCGGUUUUAUGAUAAUCCAUAGGUGUACUUGUAAAUAUAUACUGUAUGUAUAUCUUGCCAGCAGGGUGAACAUAUGGUUGUAAUGUAUGCUUGAUAUUUGUUUUGCAGGGGGUUGUUUUUGUUUUCAGACGGUGGGGUUUUUCUUUCUUCCAGGGAGAUAAUCCAAGGCUUUUUUUGUUGUGAUUUUUCCCCCUUCUUUAAUUGGUGAACUCUUGUGUGCAGCUAAGAAGCUUACUUUCAGCUCACUGUGGCAAAAGGGCCACUGAGCCAGAUGGCUGACGGUAAACCUGUGUGAACCCCAGCGUUCAGCCGGGAAGGCCCUGGGAGAGAGAAGACAGCCACGCAUCACCUCAUCUGAAAUCAAAAUGGCCUCCUCCAGCACCCCCCACCCCUCCCUACCCUCUUACUGAGGUGACUGGAAUGAAAAAGUAUUGUGGCGCUUUGUACCUGACUGCCGUGCUUCUAAAUUUGGUCCUGUACAACAUUUUUUUUUUUUUUUUUUUUUUUUUUAAAAGCGAUUCUGCAGGCUUGUGUUGAUUUGAGGAGAGAAGGAUGGAGCUAUUCGACCUCACCUUGAUGCCCACAAUAAGCACUUUGUGUCUUAAACAUCUACGAGGGCUGAUUUAAGAGAUGACAAAGGAAGUGCUGGCUCUUCUGCUUUCACUAAUGCAGUAAUUUUGAAAUCGUUGACAAUAAGACAGGACGCCAUUUUCUUUUUAUUACUGGAGAUGAAGUGGGGCAUCGGACAGUUAAGAUGAGACUCAUGUUCUUCUUCCUGUCUCCGCUUCCCUGUGUCAUGGCCUGAGUCAUACAACACUAAUUUUUAGUUGACACUGAGCAUGGUCUUUUAUUUCCUUCUCUCCUCAUUUUGUUUGCCGUGCAUUUACGUGAUAAUCGUUUUUGAAUCAUGCCAUUAUGCCAGUAUUUUGGGCUCCUACAAAAAUCUGGUGGAACAAAUAAAUAUGAAGGUUUAUGAGCUUGAAUAACUAGAUUCCAGGACCUGGGGUGAUUGUCAUCCUUUAAUUUUGAUGUUAUUGACCUCAUGAAAUGGACUUGUGGUUGGUGAUUAUUUUUCAGUCUGUUUGAUUCUCCCAGACCCCCCUCCCCACUUCCAGUCAAAAAUAAAACAAAACAAAAAAUUCAGUCAA